AUGGCGACUUGUCGAAUCCGAGAAAAUUUGUCUGUAGAAGAAGUUUUAGAGCGGCUAGAUGCGAUGGACGCCGAUCCAUCGAUCGUUUAUGACUCGUCUGAGUCAGAGAUCGAAGAUGAGGAAGUUGUGGCCGUUUUUCCUGAGAAUUCAGUGGGAUUUGAGGAUAAUUCUGGCGACAGUCCUUCUUUAUCGGAUGAAGAAUGCGAGUCUUCGAGUGAAAGUGAGGUAGAUCGUCGCGAAUAUGUGAGAGAACAGCGACAAGACAGGUCUCGACAGCUUCGAGAAGCCAUUGGCAGAGCACGUGGUCGAAGAAGAGGCCAAGGAGCGGUGAGAGCCAGAGGGAGGAGAGGAGGAAACCGAGGAGCCAGAAUCCAAGAUGGCGGCCAACAAUAUGUUUGGUUAGAGGAAAACAGCAGGAAAAAUUUAAAACAGUUUACAAGUGCUGUUGGGCCAACAAGACGAGGUGAGAGGAGGCAGGCAAGUGCUCUUGAGUACUUUGAACUGUUUUUUGACCACCAUGUGUGGAAUUUGUUAUUGACAAUGACAAAUCUGAAUGCACAAAGGAAGAGGGCUGCUGGUACUGAUGGUGGGGCCUGGAAAGAUGUGACCCUGGAAGAACUGAAGGCAUUCUUUGGACUAAACAUUGCCAUGGGAAUUGUGAAAUUGCCUGAGGCUAAAAUGUACUGGCAGCAGAAAUGGCUUACUAAUGUUCCUGCCUUUGGUGAAGUCAUGCCCAGGAAUCGCUUCUUCCAGAUUUUGCGCUAUUUGCAUGUCUCUGAUGAUGCUGCUAUUGUUCCUGCUGGACAACCAGGAUACGAUAAGUUACACAAAAUAAAGCCACUAUUGGAACUGCUUUUUCCUAACUUUGAAAAAGCUUAUAAUCUCCAUAAGAACAUAUCUAUUGAUGAAUGUAUGAUUCCUUGGAGGGGGCGUUUGUCCUUCCGCCAGUUUAUUGCAAGUAAGCCAAUCCGUUUUGGCAUCAAAGUCUGGGUCUUGGCAGAUUCAGAAAGUAAAUAUAUUUAUAGGCAGCAAUUGUAUAUAGGGAGAAAUCCAGGGGAAAGGGCAGAGGCGGGACUAGCAACUAGGGUGGUAAAGGAAUUGUGCACUGGAUUGGAGGGUUUUGGCCAUCAUUUAUAUACUGAUAAUUUUUACACAAGCGUGGAUCUUUAUCAGUAUUUAUUUGAAAACAGUAUUUAUGCUUGUGGGACCAUCAAGGGAUCGAGGAAGAAUUUUCCCAAGGAAAUAUUAUUUGAAGGGACCAGGGGCUUGGCCAGGGGCACAUAUCAAUGGCGGAUGUGUGGUCCACUUCUUGCUGUUGGGUGGCUAGACAACAAAGCUGUUUACUUUUUGUCUACCAUUCACCCCCCUGAAUUUCCACGGCAGGCAAAUGCUGAGGCAAGGGUUGUUCGGCGAACAGGGGCGGGAGAGGGAGGGGAAAGUGGAGAUGUCCCUUGCCCACCCUUGUUGAAGGAUUAUAAUAAUUACAUGGGUGGGGUUGAUCAAGCUGAUCAAAUGCUAAGGUAUUACACUUGUAUCAGGAAAACAGUGAAGUGGUACCGUCGUGUUCUUUUCCAUGAGGUAGAGGUGGCCAUUCACAAUGCCUUUGUCAUUGAAUGCCAUGAAAGGGAGGGAACAAACAGACCUAGGAGGGUUGCUUUGGACUUCAGGUAUGAGUUGGCCGAGGGUCUGAUAGGGAAUUCCCGUACCCAACCAAAGACCCCAAAUGCGCCACGAAAUGAGGAGUUACGAAUCCAAAAUGUGGGUGCACAUAUGCCAGAAAUGCUUGCAACUAGGGGAAAUUGUGCUGUUUGCAGCAAAAAAAUAAGACUAUCUCAUAAAAAUGACUUCAAAGAUGUUCCCAAGGAUAGGUCACCCCCAGUUCCAUAUGUGCCACGCCCAAGCAUAUUUUGCAGGGUGUGUAAUGUUUUCCUGUGCAUCCAGAAGGAUCACAACUGUUGGGGUGAUUAUCAUUCUAAAGUAGAGUACUGGAGAUAG